AUGCGCCGGCGUCAAACAUUUGCUUGUUCUCGGUGCUACAAAAAGAAGAAAAGGUGUGAUGCUAAACUCCCAGCCUGCGCAAAUUGCGCGGCGGCCGGUGUUCAAUGUGUGUCCCUUGACCGCGAGUCAGAGCAUGAUAUACCUCGAAGCCUAGUACAGUACCUUGAGCAGUCCAUCGCAGAAUUGGAAAUUGAAUUGGCACUUCUUGCUUCGGCGACCACAGUGGGACAACAAACCAUCCUGGAGGGCGAUACAUUGGAUCCUCCUUCCGAUGGAUUGCUUGAGCCCGAACAAACCCAACCUUCAGCAAGCCUUUCAGAAACAAUAGCAGCAACCACGCUUGAGGCACGACAAAUGUUAUCGGCGCGACCAGUGAUUGCAAGUCUGUCAAAGUUGCCAUACCUGGAUCAACUUCGUGCAGAGGCUCACUUGCCAACUCCACUAACACAUUGCAAAGGCCUGGAAGAUGAGCGGAGCAAAUCAAAUGUAAAAAGAAGCAUUGCGGCAAUAGUCCCUGCUGAUGUCGCCCGAAGAUUGUUCGAUGUGUACAUUGAGAAAGUUUUGCCCCAGUAUCCCAUCUUUCAGCUCGACGACUUGAACGAGAUGCUGGAAGACGUCUACAGCCCUUUAGCUGACAAGCAUCCACGAUCCGAAUCAAAUCUUUUCAUCGUACUUCAGAUUCUGGCUAUCACUGCGGUAUUAUCCAAGUCCUCAGAUGUGGAGCGGUCACUGUCUUUGGCGCGGUCGCUUUAUGAAGAAAGCUUGAGCCAUGCAGGCCACCUGAAUACUACUAGUGUAGAGGCACUGCAGUCCUUCUGCCUGGUAAUCCAGCUUACAUAUGUUCUUCCUGCGUGCGGAGAACUUGUGUACCUGGUAGGUGAGGCAAUGAGGAUCGCCGUGGAGCUUGGAUUACACGAGGAGUCUGCGUUUGAGUUGACUUCUAGCCAAGCAAACUUCCGGCGAGGGCUAUUUUGGGUGAUUUACACUCUUGAGAGAUCUGCCAACAUCACCGGCCAUCGCUGCUUUGCCAUAAGGGAUGAGGCUAUAAAAGUACUGGUUCCUGAUCAGAUCUACUCCAGUUUGGGGAGUGACUCGUCCAUCGCCGAACGGAAUCUGUCCUGUUUUCAACAUGCGAUUCAAUGUCGCCGAUUACAGUCGGAAAUCAGCGGGGUUCAGUUUUGUAACAAGCCCUUCCUUGCCCCUUCCUACGCCGACUGGGUGAGUGAGCUUGAGACCAGAUGCAAGGAAUGGAAGUCCAAAGCGAUGGACAACACUGGUGAUCCCAGCGACUCUAUUGACAUCAAAGCGUCUUACAACGACUUCAUGCUCCACCGACCGUGUGAGGCAAACCCGCAUCCCUGUGAAGAAUCAAUUGCUUCAUGCUUCCGUGCAAUUCAGAAGCUUGUGGCUGGCUACUGGGAAACUACACUAAAUGAUAGCCUCAAGUUCGUAUGGCAUUGCGUACACAAUUGUUUCGAAGCAGGGACAGUUCUACUUCAUCUCAUCAUACACUAUCCUCGCAUCUUUAAGAAAAUCGGCGAGACGACAAUCGCGGCUGCCUUAGAUGUCACCAAUCAAGUAUUCAACGUCCUCUGCCUUCUCUCAAGUAGGUGGCCGGCGGCAUUGAGAUGCGCAGAGUUCUUCGACACCCUGAAGAAAGAGACGCUUCGAGGUUUCUUCGGGGUUGGCGCAAUCGCCAAUACCAAUACAAUCAAUUUGAACGUAUUAAAUGACAUGGUGUUACAUCGGCCAGGCGACACGCAGUAUGUGAAGGAUACCAACAAUGUCGAUAUUUGGGGAGAAGCUUUUAACCACUGGCCAACCUCUACCAGCAAUCUCAAUGACACUGUUGACUGGGAUAUGUUCGACUUUUCGUUCUCCGAAAUCGAGUUCGAGAAUAUGAAUUGGGCAUACUCUACCACGCCAACGUUGGCUAUCGGAGAGUUUCCGCAGAAUGAACUAUUCCCGCCUGCACAAAUAUCAUCUUCACGGUUGACUCAAACUUCUGAUGCAACCAAGGUUGACUUUACAGUCGAUAAAAGCUAUCUCACCAAAGCAUUAGCCCAGCUUCCGCCAUGCACCAAGUGCAAAAGACGGCGGACAAGAUGUGACAGGCUUUUACCCUCCUGUCACCAAUGUGCCAAGUCCGAGGAAGAAUGCAAGAAUUACGACCCAGUCCUGUCUCAGGAGACGCCUCGCCGGUACCUCCACGCGCUGGUCCAAAGACUUACUGAGCUGAUCAACCAGCAUGAGAUAUCAAUUAAGGGAUCCUCCGCAGUAUCCUUGAUCCAGAGUGAGAAUGCUUUGGAUUCAGCUGACUCGAGCGUCAAACUAUCACCCCCACCCGUCAUUUGCACCCACCAAAAUGAAAAGUCACACGUCCCGAUCGUUCAUUUUCUUUUUGGCAAGGCCAGUGUCUUCUCAUGUCUCUCAACUGCAGCUUCCACUCUCUCACAAAUCAACAAGAGUAUCGAUAAUCAAACUAGCCAGUUGUUUUCAACGGCUGCGACGCACGUAGACCAUAUCUCUGAGUCGACAACGCGGGCUGGUGUCGAGCUACCGACCGAGCAUACUGCAAGACAGCUAGCGCAACAGUAUUAUUACAGUAUAGAACGCCAUUGCCCCAAUCUCGGCUCAGAAACAAUCAACAGUAUCAUCGAUGCUUGUUAUGCUGAGAAAGAACGAGCAGUGGAGACCCCGUCGUGGGAAGAGGCGAUCCUCUGGCUAACUUUAGCGGUAGGUUGCCGCCUCUCAGAUCAGAAGUGCAAUCAGUCUGGGAAAAUGUCAAGACAGAUGUUUGCCAAGGCGACUGAAAGCUAUGCGCAUUUAAUUUCGAAACAACAUAAUCCGUCUCAUACAUGGUUGCAGCUCGAAACGCUCGUAUGCUGGUAUCUUGCCCUUGAUCCUGCGGCUGGUAGCAUUUGGCGAAUGCUCGGCCACAUAUGUCGUUCAGUCCAAAGCUUGCGGCGGCAACUAAAUUCUGCUGGAGGAGGCAGUCUAGAGGAAUGGACAUUGUUUACGACAAUAUUCCGAAUUGAAUGCGAUGUCGCUGUAGCUUUCGGACGCCCCCCACAAAUCAUCGAGGUGGAGACCCCAGCGAAGUUCAAUUGUACCCUGGAGGGGCCACAACGUCUUCCAUCACUGCUCUACGAGCUGAGUCGGUGGAAGCAUCGACUUCUUAUCUCUCUAUCCACCCCGCUCGCAAGUCAUUACUUGGUCGAACGGCGGCUUUUUGGCUGUCGAGACGCCUUGAAUGCAUGGCUACCAAAAUGGAAAAUAGCUGUGAUGUCGCUUCGUUAUGAAUCCCCUCCGUCUGAAAAUAUCAACAACGGCAAUUACCAGUCCUCACUCGAAGCUUACGGGACUUUCUACCACUGUGAAGCCAUGAUCUUAUAUCACCAGGUAGCACCUGAAGCGGUUCUCCUGACAGAGGCGGUUGCCGCGGCUGGAACCAUGAUUCGUUGCUUUUCAACACUUUAUCUGCUGCGAUGUGCAGUCACAGACAUCAAGAACCCUCUACAAGCUUCAAUUCCGGUAAACCAUCCGAUAACGUGGAUGAUGGUACAUGCACUUUGUAUAGCUGGAACUUUUCUGGCUUCAAACUUGGCAAAUCGUCAAGAGCUGCCCCCCUCCGACCUGAACUGGGGUGAUGUUGAGCUUUGUAUAUCCCUACUUUCAGCCUUGGAAGACGUUCAUGAGUACGCAGCUAAAGGGCUUUCUGGGUCGCUCUCUGUGCUAUUACAAGGUUACAGAGAUACUACACUGGUGAGAUGA